GGUGAAAUAGCGAUAAUGUCGGAGCCUAAGAAGCGGAAGGGGCCGCCUGAUGGUGACAGUGACGAUCAGCUUCCCUUUCGGUCCACUCGGCCAGCCUUUGUCAGCGAUGCGCUCCGCUCCAUCGCUUGCCACUUCGACGACGCCGGACGGGCCCUCGCAUUCAAGCAACAGGCCCUCGAAGAGAUGCAGAUCGCCAAACAGCGGCUGUUGAAUGAUACUGGCUGGCGGGAGGAUGCCGCCGGCGACGCCAACCAGAAGCUGUACCUGUCAGUGGGCGGCACUCAGCGUGACGUUCCUCGCGGCUGGCUGACCAAGAAGGCCGACAGUCUGCUGGCGUUCAUCUUCAGCGGCCAUCUCGACGGGCGGCUGGUUCGCUGCACCGACGGAUCCAAUCGCAUCUUCCUGGACCUUGACGGCGCUAUCUUCGACAAGUUCCUGGACGCUCUGGCAACAUUCGACGGCAGCAGCAGGGCGAGUCAGGCGCAGAUCAGAGGUGAGCUCGGUGAGGCGUUCUUCUUCGAUGCGCUGCUCAACAAUCCCCUCCCCAACGUCACCCCCUCCCCCGGCCCCCCUCCCUCACACACGGACGCACCAGCUAUGCCCCCUCAGAUGCUCGAGGCCAUGCCGUCAGGCGCCGCCAUCAUGGAAGACAUCAAGUCGGUGUGUGUUGGGUACAUGAAGGAGCAUGCGGCCAUUGACGCGCAGAUCGAUGACGUCAAGUGUACCAUGCGGCAGCUAGAGGAUCGCAUGAAGCUGGCUGAGCCCUGGCUGCAGCCGUCGACGGGGGGCGGGGUGGGGGUGGUGAGUCUGAGUGUAGUCGGGAUGACGCUUAGCACGACCACGGCCACUGUAGAGGCGUGUGGCGGAGACGACUCGCCAUUCGCAAAUCGCUUCAAUGGGUGAGUACGGACACGACACAUGCUAAGGGCAACACACGUGUGAACGCUUGUUUGCUCUUGCCUUAGGUCCUCGUUGGACGCCACCUCACCAGCGAUUGUCCGCAAGGCCAUCAAUUUCGCCCGCCAACACCGCCUUGCACCCUCCCAAUCCCUCGCCAUCCCCACCUUACAGGGUUCAUCGGCCAACGGCACGCUGGAGCUGCGCCGGACACUCGAGAUGUUCGGUCUCAUCGGGCCGCAUGGGCACUGUGUGCAGCGCAUCGCACCGUCAACUCAUUUUGGAGGUCCGGGGAUGGGGAUGUUAGCGGGGCGGGCGGAGCUGAAUAGGCUUGUGGGCUGGCUUGAGGAGGAAUGGAACAAACCUGUAGAGGACAUACGGUGCACAUACAGGUACGCACGCGGAUGUGGAUAGGCGGAAGUACGCUGGCAACAUGGAUGUCUUUGUUCCUCAGUUGUUCGUCGGCAACCGCGUACGAUGGCGCCGCCUUCCUGGCGAGCAUCCCAGCACCCGAGGCGGAGAAGGGCUGGGUGAGUAUGGCAGACGACAGCAAUGCAAGCAGGUGGAUACACUCGACACAUGGUGCAUUGCUGUGUCUGGAUGUGCAGGUGUUCUUGUUGAAGAAGGGUCAGGAGGUGGUGGGUGCAGCCUGCCCCUUGGGGCUUAAAAAGGACACGAAAUGGCUCCGUGCGGGGUACGUCAUCAUUUUGUGUGCAGCACGUGAGCACGUGAGCACGUGUGCACUCUUGUGUGUGUUGGCAAUGAGCGCAGGUUGGCCACACCGCGUCAGAGGCGUCGCCGGCGGCGGGACGAUGUUAGUAGUGAAGACGAUUUUACUAUCGUGGAUGACGAUUCCGAUGAGGACGAGUUCCCUCCAACACCACCACGUGAGCCGAUGGUCACAGGUACGAGCCAACGGUCUUCCAGAGGCAUAUUGGUUGUGGGUGUGGGUGGCUUGGGCCUGUGUCAGGAGAGCCCGGGGGGCUCCCGGAGGAGCUGAUGAAGAUCGAGAACGCGGAUGAGUGUACCGACUACCACCGCUCUUCGCAGGAGCCGAUUCCCUUCCUCUGCAAGCUGGCCGACCCCGACCACCCCGACACCGUCACAAAGACGACAGGAGACCGAUCGAGGGUCGUCGUCAGCAAGAGGGAACCGAUCCUCGGUGACCGAGCGUUGAAGAUCAGUGUACUGUCUUUGGGAGAGAAGGCCUUCUUCCACGGUCUCUCUGUGCACCUGACGUUCCCCUUUUACCCUGGCGUUUGUGCAUUCAGUCAGACAGAGAGACCUCUCUUAAGCGGUGCACCAGCCAUCCAGGGGUGCAAUCAGAUUGUGCGUGGAGGGUGGGAUUUGGUCGAGGUGUGGCAGGUGUCCUACAUGGGGCAGAGAGCCACGACAUAGCUAUGUUUGGGGGGACGGGACGUACAUUCAUG